AAAAUAAAGAAGUAAUGUUGUUACCUGCUGUUUGAAACGGACCGCACAUGCUUCGURAAUGGCGGCCGAUAGAACACCGUGAUGCCUUCAGGUCCUCUAAUAAAAUGUCUGACAUUUCCGAUGCUCCUGAAGGCACCGGUUCAUUGGGAACGCUUGACCGAACGAGGGAGCUCAGUUCAAAGCUGUCGAAACAUAGGACCGAACCUGAACUUCUCCCCUACAAAUAUUUGAUCGAUUAAAGUCUGAAAAUGUCCGAAGAUGCCUGGUCUACAGCAGUGGAUGUUCAGGAGACAUCUCAGUUGGACCUUAACAAGAGACCGAGUCGACUGCGAGCUCCACCCAAGAUGAAGGAAGACAUAAAUGCCAACGGGUCCAGGAGCGAACAUGGCGGUCACGGAGAGGAGGUGGACCUGGCCGAACAGUCCCUGCUGAAUAAAAUGAUCCGUCACUCCCUGGUGAGGAACAGGAACCAGGUGGAGGUUCUGCAGGCUGACCCUACCUCACCUCUGUACUCCGUCAGGACCUUUGAGGAGCUCAGA